AUGAAGGCGUUUGUCUACCGAUCGAACUUUUUGGUGGUCGCAAUUGUUUUGUUACCGGUUGUCGUGCAUGCACGGAACAUCUACAGCGUUCAUCAACAUAAUGGCGAUCAUCCCCACGAAUCGCGUUCCAGUGAGAAGGAUUCUACUGUCGAAGCUGAAUACCAUUGGCUCGGCGCGGAUUUACCGAUGCGUAAAAGAGCUGAUAGGAUGCCGGUUGCUGCAGGGUCGAGCUUACCGGAUUGUACCCAUGCUUGUGGAUCUUGCACCCCAUGCCGGCUAGUUGUGGUUAGCUUCGUUUGUUCGUCUCUUGAAGAGGCUGAGACUUGCCCUAUAUCUUACAAAUGUAUGUGCCAUGACAAAUCAUAUCCUGUUCCAUGA